CUCAGAUAUCAGGCACCACGGAUAUAAAUUACAUUUAAUGGGUCCUAUAAUCUGUUCCUCGGAGACGUCAGUUAGCGGUUUAAAUAAUCUAUCGAUCUUUCUACGCUCACGAUACAGCAAGAAUUCGUGUUUCAAAAAUUCUCUAGUGGAAUAAUACAUAGCCGCUCGUCGUUGUAUUUCGAGAUCAACCGGUAAAACGCCUGCUAGGACGGGCAGGGCUUCAGUACUUACAGUCCGAUAGGCCUUACACAAGAAUAUCAACGCCAAUCGUUGGCUUUGAAGCAGUUUACGUCUUGCAGCGCCUAUUGUGGCCCUAUCGGCCCAAACCGGCGACCCGUAACAAAUACAUCCCAGGAAUGUUGCUGCGUAGAUGAUCUUCAAGGUGUAAAAUGAAAGUCGCCAAGUUGACGUGGAAAUCCUUGUCAAGGCAUAAAAGUUAUUUUUUGCAUUUGCAAAAGUCAGGCGGUUUCGUUUACCCCAAUUAGAUAUUAGACACAAACUUGCAUCAGCUAAAUUUUCGAGCCCGGCUCGAGUAUUCGAUUUAAUGAGCAGAAGGCCGUCAUCCGCGUAACCCGUAAGUGAGCAGCCGUGAGGUAAAGAAAUCGCGAGAAAGUCAUCGAACCCUAAAUUCCAUAGGUAAGGGCCUAACACCGAUCCUUGAGGACAUCCCAAGGUCAAUGCCUUCGACACAGAAUGAAGACCAAGUUUAAAUUUGGCUGAUACAUGUUAAAAAUAGGAAUAAAUGAGUCGAUAGAUGUUACUGCAGCAACCGCGUGAUUAUUAUUUAAGUAGUAUCAUUGGCCACCAUGCGUUGUCGAAGGCACCGGAGAUAUCCAAGAAAUCUCAACAAUGACUAUUUAAUGUAGACCAAAAUUAAAUUCAACAUAAUAGGAAUGCACAUAAAAUAAUUUCAACAUUAAUAUUAAAAUCACCAUCCCAACCUGAUAACAAAUUCAAUCAGCCGAACCGCAGUAAUAAUUUAAGUAUCAACCAAUAAUUUUUACUCUAGUUUACAUUUCUUUUUUAUCAUUAGAAGUGAUUAGUCGAUGUUACAAUUACAACAUACAAUCGAAAAACAUUUACCACAAUUUUUUAAUAGAAUAAUUAAAAGUCCAUUAUUUAAUCACCAAGUACGUUUAAAACAAAUUCUAUAGGAAUUCUUCAUUGAACUAAUUUGUUUAUAUACCGUGUAAAAAAAUAAUCAGACACAGUUCAGUCAGUGCUGGCACAACAGGAACACCUUCCAAUUGAAUCAUGUUGCAAAAGCUUCUUUUCUUACUGCCUUUGGCAGUAGCAGGUAAGUCAUAUUAUUCUUCACUUUAAAAAAAAAUUCAUGCAUUCAUAGACUUUCUAUAACCUCAUGACUUAACCGAUUACCUAUUUUUGUGAUUUGAUGUUUAAAAACAAACACAACUUUUUAACGUUAUUUUUUUUUUUCAUUUCCAGUGAUUGCUCAGAAUACCUACGAUCGUCCGACUUCUCAACCCAACUUACCUGCUCCGUUUUCGGUCCCCUACCGAGUGUGGGCUGAUCAACAUCCCCUAAAUACUUCAUUUGCCGUUGUUCCCGGUCAAAUUUUAGAACCAGGAGUAGUUUACGAGCCCAAACUCGUGUUUGUCCCCAAACUUGUGGAACCAAAUGCUAAGCAGCCAGCGGUGACAGCCCCGCCUAAGGUCGUUCAACCUCCGGUUACCCUUCCACCUAAGCCCGUCCAGACUCUGCCGCCAGUAACUCUUCCACCUAUGACUACACCUCAGCCUAUGACGGUCCGCCCACUUCCGCCCCUUCCCCAACCUACACGUCAGCCUAUUUAUUUACCGCCCGUUGUACCCACAACAGGGACUCCCGUAUUUCCUCCAAGAUUUCCUCCCACACAAAGACCAACUGGACCUUUUAAAAUGGACUUCCAAUGUCCCGAAAGCAGCGGCUUUUACUCGGUUGCAAACUCAUGCGAAGCUUACUAUGAGUGCAAAGGAUUUGUAGCCGAAAGACGUUUUUGCCCCAAUGGACUGUACUUUAACCCUGCAGCCAGAUAUUCCGAGGACUAUACUCCAUGCGCUUACCCUUCGGAAGUUCACUGCACGGCAGGCAUCGUGACACCGAGACCAUCGCUACCACAACAAACCGGCCAAUGUCCUGCGGCUUCCGGAUUGUUUGGCAUCAAUGACGGCGAUUGCAGCAGAUACAUCAGUUGCCAAGAAGGCUUAGCAACAAUUAUGAACUGCCCAAUGGGCUUAGUGUUCAACGAUCAGGUACAGAGCUGCGACUGGCCCGCAAAUGUACCACAAUGUACUCCUAACGUACUCAAGGACUUCAACUGCCCGGCACCUCCCGUGGAAAGGAACGGCGAGCUUUCAGAAAUCGUCUACAAUUACCGCUAUGGUUCACAAUGCCGGUCCUUCGUAGCCUGCCAGAAAGGACGUCCUCGGCUAUUAAGCUGUGAUGCAGGAUUAGCUUUUGAUGAAGCAUCACAAACAUGUAUAAGUGAAGGAUUGGUGCAAAACUGCGCAACUCCUAACGCAGCUGUGCCUAUCUAAUAGCACUUUUAUGUAAAAUCAAAAAUGAAUCAAUCUUAAUAAAAAACUUAAUAACUUAUCUUGUAUUUUGUUUGACUAUGUAACACUAUCAACAAUAAAUCCCACAUGUUAUACUUAUCGUGCCAGUAGGUCAAAAGAUUCUCAUCACAAUACAUCAGACACAUAAACAGCUAACUACCACUUUCGCGCAAACCAUCCGUCAAAUAAAAUAGGCCAGUUUCCCAGAGACGGCACAAUUAAUCAAUUGUUUAAACAGGAUACGUUCAUUAUGGCUACGGACCACCUACAGAACACGCUUAUAAGGAUGUGAACUGUACUGUAUGAGCUUAUUUUGAUUCCAAAUAAAUUAAGGUGGGCGGGUAUUCUUUAACGUAUCUUAAAUUACAAUGGCAAUAUAAUUUUAAGUAUUAGGAAUACAAAAUGUUGCGUACUACCAGAACACUGCCUAUUUCAUACAUUUAAAGCUAUUUUGAUAUUAUAAAUCACCAAAAAUGUCAUGGUGCAAAAAAAACUAAUUGUAAUCCUGAGUUAUGAAUACUUACAAACAAAGCUAACUUUAAAACGUAAAUAUCACAAGAGCCAUAAAUCCUUCGCCCAAUCGAAAAUAUUUAGGAGAGUCCUAGAAGGCAAAAGUUAAAGGAAGUGGCAGUUAGGCUAGUUCAUCACUUUUAACAGAUGAUCUUAAUAAUUAAAACAAAGUCGGUCAAGUGCUAGUUGGAUUUUGCAUUGAAGUGCAAGAAAAUCGAAUUCAAAAAAAUGGUCAUGCCUCAUAUUUAUGACCGUACCAAGCGUUGAUUAAUAUUUGUUGUUAUAGCGGCAUCAAAUAUACAUCAUCUGUGAAAGUUGUAACCAGCUUAUAAUUGACAAUUACAAUAUUGGCAACUGAAAAGAGUUACAUUUUUAAUUUUGCCAGGCGAUCCCGAUAAACACGCGUUAACAAAUUGCAGAUUGAAGUUAGUCUAAUUGAAUUAAACCUAUUUCACACAUUUCUUUCUGCAGUCGUACUUGCAUAUGAAAACCAAAUAACUUAGCAUCAUUUUUUCAUAUACGGCAUAGAAAAAAAAAUUAACUUAAGCAGGUAGUGGUUUCCUGUACUAUGGCGGUACCAUUUCCGUCGUAUUUUUCUCUGUUCCGUGUUUCCAUUCGUAACACGGAGCUGCGGAGGUCUCUCAUUGUCGGAUCAAUAAUGUCUCGGCUUGAGCAAACUAAAUCAGUCGGCCCUUGUCACCCCUAACUGCCGAUAUUUUCGUACUGGAUCCGACACUAUUUGCCUUGGACUUAGUGGGAUCUUGUUGUAAUAUAUUGGUUCAGAGAUGAGAUGUUUCGAGUGUGAGCGGAAUGUGUGUCGUAAGUGUUAACAGAUUAAGAUGGAACGAAAGAAAUUUAAUUAAUUGUUUUUCUUUUUUAAUUUUGACGACAUAAAGUAUUGUAAGUUUCAUAUCAUUGUUAAGAGACUUAUGAGUGUUGAUGA